AUGCUGGGCUCCCGUGUGCUGCUCUGCCUCUGCUCCAUGACCUGCUGCCUCACCCUGCUGCCGGCAGCUGGGAACACGAUCCUCCGCUUUGGCCCCUGUAGGAUUUCAGAGAGCAUGAGUGAAAUCAGGGCUGGCUUCAUCGCCAUCAAAACCAACAUUCAAGCCCGGGACCCCAUCAGGACGCUGAGCAUCCUCUCCCAUCCACACUCCCUUCACAGGGUCCAGCCUUCAGAUAAAUGCUGCAUGGUCCACAAGGUCUUCAACUUCUACGUGGACAAAGUCUUCAAGCACUGCCAGACUGAGAAUUCCUACAUCAACCGAAAGAUCAGCAGCAUAGCCAACUCCUUCCUCAGCAUCAAAAGGAAACUCGAGCACUGUCAUGAUGAAAACAAGUGCUUGUGUGGACAGGAACCCACUGAGAGAUUUAAGCAGAUACUUGUGAACUACGAAGGGCUGAACGUCACAUCUGCAGCAAUGAAAUCCCUGGGCGAGCUGGACAUCCUGCUGGACUGGAUGGAGAAAUCCCCAUAGAGAGGAACCACGUGCUAACAGA